CAUUGUGUUUAUUUCCUGGUUUGGAUUAUUUGUGAGGUUUGCCAAUUACCUACAAGAUUUGACAGUUGUACUGUCUACUUUUUCUGGUGUCUGCCUAACCAGCCGCAUAAUGACGCACUGGUUCCAUCGUAAUCCUUUGAAGGCAACAGCACCCGUGUCAUUCAAUCUGUAUGGAGUCGCAUCCAGUCCCGCUGCCAGUAAAAUUUGCAACGACCUUAGAACAACAAGGGCUAGGCUUUUGGAUAUGUUCACAGAUGCCACCUGCACUCCAGAGAUCAUGAAGAAAGCCACUGAUGAAUAUUUCUCCCUUUUACAGGGGUUCAUUGUGUCUCUGGAUGGUACCACACAAGAAAACAAGCUGCGGUUCAUUCAGAACUUUAAGUGGACUGACACUUUGCAAGGAAACACACCAAGUUCUCAGCAAGAUGCUGUGUUUGAACUGGUGUCCAUUGGAUUUAACAUUGCCCUUUGGCAUACCAAAUUUGCAUCAAGGCUUGCUGGGAAGGAAAAUGUCACUGAAGAUGAGGCAAAAGAUGUUCAUAAGAGUUUGAAAAUUGCUGCUGGCAUUUUCAAAUAUCUAAAGGAGGCUCAAAUACCUCGCCUCAUCACUCCAGCUGAGAAAGGCAGAGACCUAGAGACCAGAGUCAUAGACACCUACAUUGUCCAGAGUCAAGCAGAGGCUCAAGAAGUGACCAUCGCCCGUGCAAUUGAACUGAAGCAUAAUGCUGGCCUCAUAGCAGCUUUGUCAUUUGAGACGGCAAACUUUUACCAAAAGGCCGAUCACACUCUGAAUACACUGGACCCAGAGUACAGCAGCAAGUGGAGAAAGUACCUGCAGCUGAAGCAGCACUUUUACAUGGCUUAUGCUCACUGUUACCAUGGACAGACUCUCCUUACUAGUGACAAGUGUGGAGAAGCCAUCCGAUCACUACAGGAGGCUGAGAAAUGCUAUUCACGUGCAGAGGCACUGUGUAAAGAGUACCGUCAGACCAAAGGCCCAGGCAGCACUGCUAAGCCUUCGGAGCAGCUCUUCUUCACAAAGCUUGGAGGCUUGAUCAAAAACACCCUGGAGAAGUGUGAGAGGGAAAAUGGAUUCAUAUACUUCCAUAAGGUGCCAGCAGAAGCCCCCAUUUUGGAGCUGAAGGCGAGUUAUGGUUUGGCGGAGCCCGUUGCCUUCGAGCUCCCUGCUCUGAACAGCCAGUGCUCUGCUGAGGUCUAUGCCACAUUUGAUCUCACUAGAGGACCGAAAGAUGACAAGGCGAAGAUGAAUCCCAAGCCAGAGGAGGAGAUCAAGCCCAUGAAGGAACCUGAUCUCAAACCUCAGAAAGACACAGGAUGUGUAAUUUCUUAAGCCCUUGCUGGAACCAAGGAACCAAGUAGUGGGUCUCUUCCUAUAGUAUUUAGUAAGGGAGUGCAAAUCCUUUUCCAUUCUCAUUAAAGCUCAAUAUGAAUAAUUUUUCUUGCCCCAGACCCAAUGUUUCCAAUCAUGCAGAUGUAGCUUUUUGUACUACUUUUCUUUUGCUAUUCUUUAUUUGUUUUUCUAGAUUUGCAGCUACUAAUUUUACUUGAAACAGCAUACACUUUUAUUUUCAGUACACGUUUAGUUAAACAAAAUAGUCUUCUGACUUUGAAAUGUUUUAUUGGACAGUAGAGCAGGACUUUAGAGGAUUGAAUUUGGUGCCGUGAGGUGCUGUAGAAUGCUGGAAGACCAGGCAGUGCUAAUAUUUUCUUUUUGUUAAGUCAUUAAUUUAUUUUUGUUCAUCACUACUUUACAGUUGAACUAUGUUAUUCUUGAAUAGUUUAAUAUACAAGUAAUUUAGCUUACUAUUUGGCUCAAGUAACAGUACUUGAAUCGAUUUCACCGCUCUUCCGCUGAAAAUCCAACUGGUCUUGUAAGGGAUUAUUUUGUGGCUCUAAAGAUUUGUGUGUUUUUUUUUUUUUUUUAAAGGCUAUAGAGAAAUGGGAUGGAAAUGGGCAUUCGUCUUGCUGAUCUUUGGGGCAACAUCUCAAUAAAACACAUAUACAGUGUUUUUAAUGGUCAUGUUGACUGAAUCGUCUGGUUAAUUGUUCUGUUUUUAAUUUAUAAGUGAAAUAAUCCAUGUAAAUGACCACUGGGUUUCCCAACUAUCAUAUUACAAAUGAAAAAGCUUGUAAUAUUUAACAUUGGCAGUUUAUUGAACAAAACGGGUACUGUUUGUACAGCAUGUAGUACUGGAAAAAUAAUGGUAAAGAGGAUAGUAAUUUUCAUUUAAUCUGGUAAACAUUUUCAAAUAUUUGCUCUUGAUUUCAGGAUGAUACUUAAUACUUGCUGCUUAUUGGGUUAUUAUUGGAACGUCCUUAGCUGGCUCACAUGCAAAGUUGUACUAACCAGCACAAAUUUGUUAUGCACAAAGAUGCUCUUUAAGAUAGCUCCUGGUCACAUGUUUCUUCACAUGUCAUAAUUUUGGUUGAUUGUAAUCUUCACAGCAAAUGUGUAAAGUUCAAUUAUAUCUGUGCUAGAUGUCAACCUUUUGAGGAAAUUUUUUGGGUCUAUAUAUUUAACACAAACAACCUAAUAAAGUAAAAUGACACUGUAUAUUAUAUGAAGUUUCAGUAUCGGUCUUGGUGGCAUUUUCGGUGUUUUAAGUUUCCUUUUAUUUGAUGUGUUUUCUCUUUGUCUGUUUUCAAACUCUGGGGUGAAGGUUCAGUUUGAGAAUAAGGUUGGCAUUCCAAGGAACCAGUAGGACUAGUUUAGAAGAGUAAAUUACUGCAGGAAGUAUGAUAUAAUUUUAAGUACAGAGACUAUAUUGCAUUGCUCAGUAAUAAAAAAAAAUUGAUUUGAUGUUUCAUAUACAGUUAUGCACACAUGCUAAUAAAUGUUACAGCUAUUAACCAUAUUUCCCCACACUAUAAAGUUUGUACAUCCUAACAAGUUGGCCUGUAUUACCAACUAUGACAAACAUCACUCUGAAAUUAUGGACACAUACUAAUACACUUGUUUUAGGUAGUUCAGUGAUUUCAGUACAUGCAUUUCUCUUAAAUGCAGAGGCUGAGAAAUGUAAGCACUUCUUUUUUUUUCCCUUUUGCUUAUUUUUGAAAAUUUUGUUUUGUGGGUAGCAUGUAUUUUUUAGAUGGUCAUAGUUUAAUUUACACUGCAGAGUUUUACAUCUAGUCAACAUAUAAAUAUGGUGUUAUUCAUAAUAUAUACUUCCAGAAUGUACUGCCUGUGACUCAGUCAAGCAUUUAAUGUCUUCCUCCAUUAAAAUGUGUGUCAAAAGAGUA